AUGUUUAGGUUCUUGGUAAUCUGUGGUUGCUUGCUGGCAGUCGGGCAGGCCGGAGUAAUCGGUGGUGGUUUACUCGCAACCGCGCCUGCAGCGCUUGCCGUGCAGCCAGCAGCAGCUUCCCUUCCUUUGAACGCAGCCGCCGCGGUGGCAGUACCAACGAUCGCCACGUCGACCUCUAACGUGAUUCGGGGUAUCGGUAACUUAGGUGCCAUAUCAGCCUACUCGAAGAGCGUAGAUACGCCAUUCAGUAGCGUCAGGAAAGCGGACGUGCGCGUUAACAAUCCUGGAAUCGUGACGGCGACCGCUGUGCCCGCCCCAGUAGUCGCGGUCGCUAAUAGCGCCGUUGCAGCUCCAGUUACUGCUGCUCUUGCCGCGCCUACGCUCCUCGCUCCUGGACUGACUACCGCGAUCGCAGCCGGACCUACCAUCGCCACCGGCAUCGCUGCCGCUCCCUUGGGACUCAACGGGCUAGCUUUGAACGGUUUGGGAGCCGUCAAGGUCCUCUAAGAUUCCUUAGCCGAACAUGAUCACGCGGACCGUCGCGUUGUGCAAGAUUCGAGCCACAUUCGAUUCUUCGCCAAUGUCGACUGCACCUUGUUAACGUUCGUACCCUCGAUAACUUUGCACCGUUUCGGCGCAAACGAUCUACAUGUCACAGAAUGUAAUAACAGAAUCGAAUAAACGUAAAAUCGUUAUGAUA